GCAACAUGACUGUUGCAGAUCCGACGGUCCGUGAAAGCACCACAGUCAAUCCUGUCCGGUCAGCUGUCUUUCCGCGCUGCUUUGGUAAAGUUCGGCUGAAGUUCGGCUGGUACCGGUUCAGGUGAACGAAGCCACUUAUCGGGAUGAACCCCCUGCUGCGGCGUCUCGUCACGCGGCGGCUGGGCGCGUGGAGAGGUUUCCAUGUGGAUACUCCGUUUGCGACCUUUGACCUGAGGAAGGUUGAGCUGACGCCCCUAGAGCAGAGGAAGCUGACCUUUGACUCCCACGCCAUGGUGAUGGAGCUGGAGAAGAGCGGUUUUGAGAAGCGGCAGGCCGAACUGAUCGUCUCAGCUCUGGUCACGCUGACCACAGCCAACAUGGACAUCGUCUACAAGGACAUGGUGACCAAAUCCCACCAGGAGAUUGCAGUGCAGCAGAUCAUGGCUCACCUGGACUCCAUCAGGAAGGACAUGGUGAUCCUGGAGAAGAGCGAGUUCGCCAACCUGCGGUCUGAGAACACGAAAAUGAAACGAGAGUUGGAGCAGCUGCAGAACAGACUGAAGGAGGAGAGCGAGAAAGUCCGAGCAGAAACCAAACUGGACAUCAACCUGGAGAGGAGCAGGACCUCUGACAUGUUCACCGACCAGGAGAAGAAGCUGAUGGAGGCGACCUCAGAGUUCUACCACAAGAAAGCCGACCUGGAAAACGACAACAUGGAGAUCAACAAGAAGAUGGACCUGCAGGUGGCGUCGCUGAAGAUGGUGCUGGAGUCGUUGAAGCUGGAGACAAUCCGGUACAUGGCAGUGACCAUCUUUGCUUGCCUCGCCAUGGCUCUGGGAGUCUACCGGUUCUGGAGGUGACGGAUCAGAACCAGAACCAGGUUCGGUUUCAGAGAACCACCUGGUACUUCCUCAGUGUACCAUAACUCAGGUUAGAACCAGCCUGCAGGAACGGUUCUGACCCGGGUCUUCAGCCUGUUUACUGCAGCCUGAUGCAGAGAAGAAGUUGUUUGUGUUUUAGUGAUGUUGGGAAGUCGCAGCCCUGGCGGCGGCACGCUGCGUUCCUCUGGCUCUGGAAUAAAAAGCUGAUUUCAUUUA